AAAGAGAGUGAACAUUUUCAUUUACUGCUGUUAUAGAUUUGUAUAGAUUGUAGCUGUAAAAACGGAGUUCUAGCUAGCAAAUGUGUACAGUAAAAGCGUUCAAAAUUUGAGUACAAUGGCAAACGAUCGAGAAGUACUUCGAGAAAUAUGGGAUGGAAAAAUUCCAGUUUGUUUUACUCUUGAUUCUGAAGAAACCUGUGAAUUACAAGCACCGGAUCCAUUAUAUCUAAUGUUACCCAGGUUAAGUUACUUUCCACUGUGUACAGAAAAGGUGCGGAAGCAUUUCAUACGGCAUAUACAAAGUGAUACUAAACAAGAGCACGAGAUGUGGCUAGAAUUUAAUGGAAUUCCAUUAAAGUGGCAUUAUCCGAUCGGUGUAUUAUUGGAUAUUUAUUUUAACGAUAUUCAAUUACCUUGGAAUAUUGUUGUCCACUUUGAUAAGUUUCCAGAAAAUGUUUUAAUGCAUUGUCAAAAUAAAGAAAUUGUAGAAGCACACUUCCUUUCUUGCAUAAAAGAAGCUGAUGUUCUGAAGCACAGAGGCCAAAUUGUUUCUAGUAUGCAGAAAAAGGAUCACACACAGUUGUGGAAUGGUAUUAUGAACGAUAAGUUUGAUCAGUUUUGGUCUGUAAAUGGUAGACUUAUGGAAACUAACACUGAAGAAGGAUUCAAGUAUAUACCUUUUCGAUGUUAUACAAGUGAAGAUAAAUACAUACAGAAACUCGUAAAGCCAAUGAACGAAGAAGGCCAAAGAAAAACAUUGAAACAAUUGUUAAAUGAAGUGUUUCCAGAUCAAGAAAAUAUUGCAGUACGCACUCAUGGCAUUGUACCACCGUUAGAGACACCACUUCAAUGGAUGUCAGAGCAUUUAAGUUAUCCAGAUAAUUUUCUGCAUCUAAUCAUGAUCAUGUCGUAACACUUAUUGAAGAACAGAUUAUUUAAUGAUACACAUGACGAACACAUCAUUAAAUGAUAAAAUGUAAACAUUUCUGCAAUUAUUGCAGAAUAUUAUGUACACUAUUUAUAUAUUACUUUAUUGCUUAUAUAUAAUGGUAAAUUUAUUUUACAUACAUAAUAUAAGAAUAUGUAAGUACUCAACAUUUUUAAAUAUUCUAAAAAUGAUCUGAAAAUGAAUAUUUGAAUUAAAUUCGACUUGAACUUUCUGAGUACCCGCUCAUUCUUAGUAAGUGAAAUUUAUUAUGCUUGUUUCUGUUAUAUAAAAUAUUUUAAAAGAAUUAAAAUCUUGAUGUUAAUACAAAUAACUAAAUUUAUUGAA